AUGGCAAUCAACGCCGAGAUACUCAAUCUGGAUAAGGACAAACUGGCUGCCCUGGAGUUGGCCCUAGGCCGUAUCGAGAAGGAUCACGGCAGGGGCGCGGUGAUGCAGGGCAAUGACCAGGUAGCGCAUCUGAUAACCAACGUGAUUCCGACGGGAUCGUUGUCGCUGGAUCUGGCGCUGGGAGUGGGCGGAUUGCCGAGGGGUCGGGUUACCGAAAUUUACGGUGGAGAGUCAGCCGGCAAGUCCACGCUGGCGAUUCACAUAAUGACCGAAACACAACGUAUGGGUGGUUUGGCGGCGUACGUUGACGUCGAGCACGCGCUGGACCCGCAGUACGCCACCAAUUGCGGACUGGACCUGGACAAGUUGCUUAUCUCGCAACCGGACUCUGCAGAGCAGGCAUUGGACAUUACCGAGCAGCUGGUUCGGAGCGGAGCCAUCGAUGCCAUCGUCAUCGACAGCGUGGCAGCACUGGUGCCGCAAGCCGAGAUCGACGGCGAUAUGGGCGACGCUCACAUUCGCGAAAAGAUCGGCGUUUCCUAUGGAAGCCCUGAGGUUACACCCGGUGGCCGCGCGCUCAAGUUCUACAGCUCGGUACGCAUCGACCUGCGACGUUCGGAGUCCUUGAAGCAGGGCUCUGAGAUUAUCGGGAAUCGGGUGCGGGCGCGCAUUGUAAAAAAUAAGGUGGCGGCGCCGUUUCGGGUGGCCGAGUUUGACAUCAUGUUCAACGUGGGCAUCAGUAAGGUGGGCGAUCUGCUGGAUAUCGGCGUAACGCGCGGUAUCGUCAAGAAAGCCGGCGCCUUCUAUUCCUACGGAGAAACCCGGUUGGGGCAAGGCAGGGAGAAUUCCAAGAAAUUUCCUGACCGAGCGCACCGAUAUCUCGGAAGAGAUUGA